CCUGCGCCCGCCCCGUCCAGCCGCCGCGCAGGCACGGCAAAGUCAGCUUUGAAAUGUGCUGUGAGCUCUCCCCUCUGGAGCUCUGCCCUUCCCCGCCCAGCCUCAAGGUCAGUGUCACCUCUGCUCUGCGACCGCCUCCUACCAUGUUCCCCUGAGCACCCCCUUGGGGGCUCAGGGGCCGAUGGCUUCCCGCGCCCUGCAGCCCCACAGCCCCCGUGGGCCAGGGGAAGAGCCUCCGAGGCCCAGAUGCCGAGGAUGGGCAACCGCACGUGGGAGGGCUGUCACGUGGACUCUCGGGUGGACCACCUCUUCCCGCCCUCCCUCUACAUCUUCGUCAUCGGCGUGGGGCUGCCCGCCAACUGCCUGGCGCUGUGGGCCGCCUACCGCCAGGUGCGGCAGCGCAACGAGCUGGGCGUGUACCUGAUGAACCUGAGCGUGGCGGACCUGCUGUACAUCUGCGCGCUGCCCCUGUGGGCCGGCUACUUCCUGCACCACGACAACUGGGCGCACGGCCCCGGCGCCUGCAAGCUCUUCGGCUUCGUCUUCUACACCAACAUCUACAUCAGCAUCGCCUUCCUGUGCUGCAUCUCGGUGGACCGCUACCUGGCCGUGGCCCACCCGCUGCGCUUCGCCCGCCUGCGCCGCGUCAAGACCGCCGUGGCCGUGAGCUCGGUGGUUUGGGCCACGGAGCUGGGCGCUAACUCGGCUCCCCUGUUCCACGACGAGCUCUUCCUGGACCGCUACAACCACACCUUCUGCUUCGAGAAGUUCCCCAUGGAGGGCUGGGUGGCCUGGAUGAACCUCUACCGGGUCUUCGUGGGCUUCCUCUUCCCCUGGGCGCUCAUGCUGCUGUCCUACCGCGGCAUCCUGCGCGCCGUGCGCGGCAGCGUGUCCACCGAGCGCCAGGAGAAGGCCAAGAUCAAGCGGCUGGCCCUCAGCCUCAUCGCCAUCGUGCUGGUCUGCUUCGCUCCGUACCAUGUGCUCCUGCUCUGGCGCAGCGCCGUCUACCUGGGCCGGCCCUGGGACUGUGGCUUCGAGGAGCGGGUCUUCUCAGCCUACCACAGCUCGCUGGCCUUCACCAGCCUCAACUGCGUGGCGGACCCCAUCCUCUACUGUCUUGUCAAUGAGGGCGCGCGCAGCGACGUGGCCAAGGCCCUGCACAACCUCCUCCGCUUCCUGGCCAGUGACAAGCCCCAGGAGAUGGCCAACGCCUCCCUCACCCUGGAGACCCCGCUCACUUCCAAGAGGAACAGCGUGGCCAAGGCCGUGGCUGCCGCCUGGGUGGCGGCCCCUCCCGCCCAGGGGGACCAGGUGCAGCUGAAGAUGCUGCCACCCGCACAGUGAACCCCCGCUCUACCCCACCACUCCUGGUCUGGUGUAUGUAAAUUGUGUAUAAAUAAGACCAUGUUAAUAUUCAUAAGAAUAGAAACAAGACAACCAUGAGGAUGGUGUGUGGUUGUUGGUCAGCCAUCAUCCUCGACCGUGACCCCCUAACAAUCCAGUUCAGCUGUGACUGGUCCUGUGCUGGGUGGUGGUAGUGACAUAGUGGUGACCAAUGACAGCUCUAGCCUCAUGGGUUCCUACUCCUUUGGAGGAGAAGGAGCUAGACCCAGACAGUGAUGACCCAGAAUGAGCAAAGCUCUCACAGGGGAGCCCAGGAGUUGGGGAAACCCAUGAGGGCAUCUAGCUCAGCCUGGGAGUCAGGGAGGGCUUCCUGGUGGAGGUGACCAGCAAAUGAAGUCAUUUGGUUUCCAAGGUAUCGACAAGAAGAAAAAAGUUAAGGUUAUUUCCAGUGAGGAGGUGAAAAUCUGAUUCGAGGGGAAGGUGGAAGGAGAAAUUCAGAGUGUAGCGUGAUCAUUUUUGCCCUUGAUCAUGCAAGGGCUGAGAAAGCACACGAGAGCAAUUCUGAGUUUUCAAUAAACAGCAUUGUCCAGGUCAGAAUGGAGGAUGUCAGAGCUCAAGGGAAGGGCGUCGGGCAGACUGGCAGGAGGAGCAGUGAGCAGGGCAGGCUUGGGAAGGGGCCUUGGGACAAGAGGAGGGUCUUCAUUCACUCAGCAGCCUUUGAUUUAUACCUACUCUCUCCCAGACCUUGGGGACCAGCUCAAAAAACAAGGGUUGUGGCCAAGUCAUCUCAGGCCCCACCCUCAGGAAGCUCUCAGUAAGUGAGUAAAUAAAAAAUACAAUGUUUGGAAUUGAUAAGCAUAAUCAAUAUUACACUUAUGCAUCAGGAAAAUAAAGCCAAUCGAGGAGGGACAGAGAGUGACAUGGAGUCUGAUCUAGAUACGGUCAGGGCAGGGGGGCUUACCGAGGAGGUGGCAUCUGAGUGAAGACCUGGAGGAGGU